AUGUCUGGUGAGCGCUUAAGAGAUACCAGCUCAAAAUCACGCUCCCGCGUUCGGGCAUCGCGCGACGCUUCGCCCGCUGGACCUGAGAGUCUAUUUCUGCUUGACGGACCAGUGACAGAAGAGGGUGUUGAAUUGUUAGGGGAGUUUGUACACCCUUAUCAUCGUGAGUCUGAAGAGACCGAAGCCAUCGGGGUGGACGAAGAUCACCUCGACCAAGCUGCUCGCAUUGAACAGAUUGAGAAGCGGAACAAGUCUCCAUGGUGGAAGAAGCCAUCGGUCUGGUGGUUCAUAUCGCUGAUCCCGUUCAGCACUAUGGCAAGCACUGCGACUACCGCACCAAGAAUCGAAGUCUUCACAAAUAUCAUAUGUGAUGCCUACAAACAUUCGAAAUCGCCAGGCUCUGACUGGGACUCUGAACGGUUGGGACUGUCUGUAUUAAGCAUGACGCCGUAUUCACCCCUCGUGUGCUCCUCGGACCCUGUGGUUCAAGCUGGUGUAGCAACCGUUCUGGCAGCCAUGGCGACAACUACGGGAAUCCUAAGCUGUUUUACAACUGGCUGGUGGGGUUCUUUGUCCGAUCGUUAUGGGCGCACCUUCAUCAUGGGCAUCGCUAUCUGCGGUCUCCUAGUUCAAGAUUUGAACUUCAUAAUAGUCACACUCUUCCCAAGCAAGGUACCUGGAGGCCAUCUUUUCGUCCUGUUUGGAUCUGUAGUCGAAGGCUGUUUGGGCGGCCUCACAACAUCUAUAGCAGCCAUCCAUGCUUAUCUCGCUGACUGUAGCACUGCAGCAUCUCGAGCGCGCAACUUCUCCCUCUUUCUUGGGCUUUUAUUCACAGGUGCAGCCCUCGGCCCCUCUCUGGGCUCCUUGACGGUCCGAUGGAGCUCCAACGUAAUGGUUGUCUUCUACAUGUCUACUUCCAUACACUUCGUCUAUGCCCUCCUGACGUGGUUUGUGAUACCGGAGUCGUUGUUGCCUGUUCAAAUGAUGACCUCGCGCCGAAAGCAUGCGGAAGAAGCGGCAGUGUAUCGGCGUGCAAACGGCCUUCUUCCCAGACUGAAAUCUUUGUUCUCGUUCUUGAGCCCGCUGAUAAUGCUGGCGCCACCCCUCAUCGAUCGUGCAGCUGCCUCGCAGAAAUUCAGGUCGAGGGAUUGGAGUCUGACACUCGUUGCCGUUGCUUAUGGCUGUGUUAUCUCACUCAUGGGGAGCCUUCAAUAUGUCCUUCAGUAUGCUGGUGCAAGGUAUCACUGGUCCACAGUCAUGCUUGGGUACUGGAUAAGUACAGUCUCAGCGGCUAGGGCUCUCUAUUUGACUAUAUUUUUCCCUUUGAUCAUCCGGAUGUUUAGACCGAAAGCUUCUAUUCAGCUCCCAGUAUCUCCUUCAGAGCCACUUGACCCCCGCGCACCUUCCUCUCCGGCGAAUGUCUCUUCCCGCCAGAUAACCCACCCGUCGGGCCGUCAACCGCACGAGGAUCACCAUCCCCCUUCUUUUGACCUCAAGCUUGCACGUAUAUCCGCGCUUAUCGAUAUAGUCUCAUAUGCUUUUAUGGCGCUUGCACCUACACCGAUCACCUUUGUCGCAGCUUCCGCCCUUGGCUCCCUCGGUACGGCAUUCUCUCCGACAGUGCACAGUCUGUCUCUCGAACUCUAUCGCCGGCGUGGUGGGACGGAAUUUGGGAAAUUAUUCGGCGCGAUGAGCGUAGUCCAAGCGCUCAGCUCGCAAAUCAUAGGGCCUGCCGCUUUUGGUUUUGUUUACAUUAAGACCGUCGCAACUUUCCCGCAGACCUUGCUCUUUGUGGCCAUGGGGCUUUUCGUCAUUGCAUUCAUACUACUUAGUCUCGUCAGGCUUGACAAUGCUGCUCCGUACACGUCGGACGUUGAAGGGCAGCCAUCGCCGAUUCAAAGGGACCAUCAGGAGACUUUUCUAGAGCCGCAAGCCCCUGCGAUCGUCGUUGAGGAUAUGGACGCAGAACUUGGGGGAAGGGGAAGAAGACUCUAGAUCGAUCUGGCUUCCCUUCGAGAGAGAUACAGAUGGGAGCAGAAGUUUGGGUGGCUAGUAUCUGUUUGUAAGAGAACACUGACUGGUGCGUUUUGCGGUUAGUUGUAAUCGACCGAGAUAGGCUUCAAAAUUACUAUGCCUUAGUUUUCUGACCC